AUGCGGAAGAGGGACCUGCAGAGCAUGUGCAGAAGGGCGCUGCUGCUGACCAUCUGUAUGGUGUCUCUCUGGGGAGAACUGACCAGUGCAUCGUCACACAGAAGUCACAUAGUUCACGUGAAAGCGGGAACCUGUGAGGUAAUUGCAGCGCACCGAUGCUGCAACAAGAACAAGAUCGAAGAGAGAUCCCAGACUGUCAAGUGCUCCUGCUUCCCUGGACAGGUGGCGGGGACGACGAGAGCGGCUCCCUCGUGUGUAGACGCGUCGAUAGUUGCACAGAAGUGGUGGUGCCAGAUGCAUCCCUGCAUGGACGGGGAGGAGUGCAAAGUGCUGCCGGAUCUGAAAGGAUGGAGCUGCAGUACGGGAAACAAAGUGAAGACAACCAAGGUGGGUUUGACUCGCUAA